UUGACAGCGUGACGUCAGGUUUCGGAAGUGGUUAAUUUUAAGCUGUGGGAAAAUCAUGUGACCUCCAUAUCUUCCUGUUUACCACUUGCACGGUGAUCUGGUUCUCUUCGAUUGCAACACAUCUGAUGUGAAGGCGAUGACGGGCAACAACAACGCACAUUUCUGAUUUUCUAGGGGCGAGCAAACACUACACAAACAACGUUCCGAGGAUUUCUUUGCUGCACAUGCGAGAGCCAACUUGGAAUGGACACUUGACAUUGAAAAACGUGACAAGGCCGCGGGAUCCUCAGGGUUUCCUGAGUCCACUGCCCGAGAAUGGUCGGCCUGGGGACAAAGGGAUAGCUCUUCCAUGUUGUCAGUCGCGGCGUAAAUUACCUGUCAGCUAGCCUGCGUAAAACAGUCGAUGUGUGUGGUGCGUUGAAAGGCAUAUAGGGCCUACUUUCAUGUCCGAACUGGUGUUAUGCUUGUAAGAAGCUGUAUUUUUCAUGAACGUUAGCUUUCAGAGCGAAGCACCGCUUAGCUGGGCAACUCGCUAGCUGCCAGCCUUCCUCUCAGAGCUUGUCACGCCGUCCAGCCUUUGCACUUGCUGCCAAGUAAGAAGAGGCAGGUAUUAGCUAGCCGCAUAGGCUAGUUAAUACACCCAGGGUGUGUUAGGGGGUCCGUAUCGCCGUUGCCCUGAAUUCCAGACGGAUCCCUGGCUCCGGCCGCCUUAAGCGGGCAGUCAGGAAGAAACUGGCCGGGAGGGGAUGGCCUGGUGGGUCUUCCCGGCCUCAAGGAGCAGCGGUGUUUGACGGAGGGAGCGUUUGGUUGGACGCGAGCGUGGGUCGCGGAGCUAUUAUGAUGGCCGCUUCCCCAUCGGCCGCUGGUUCCCUGAGUCUCUCAGGAAUCGGCGGCCGCAAGAGCGAGGAGAUAGCGGAUCUGAUAGAUGUGUUUUCGAAGAUGCAAUACAGGGCGAAGGAGGUCACUCCCGGGGUGGAAAGGAUAGAGAAGCGUUGCCUGGAGCUGUUUGGAAGAGAUUACAAGUACAGUAUCAUCCACAACACCAACGGUGACGUGUGCGGGCACUACCCGCGCCAGAUAGUCUUUCUGGAGUACGAGUGCACCGAUCCCAAUAAAGACAGGUUUGAGACGUCUGUGCAGAUAACCAAGCUGCAGGACCUGGUGAACCGCAGCAAGAUGGCCCGCUGCAGAGGCAGGUUCGUCUGCCCAGUCAUCCUCUACAAUGGCAAGCACGUGUGUCGCUCAUCCACUCUGGCUGGCUGGGGGGAGUUAUACGGCCGCACUGGCUACAAUUACAUAUUCUCAGGUGGCUCUGAUGACACCUGGGCGGAGUCCGAGGAGGUGCCCGAGGACGAGAGCGCCGGACGAGAGAGGAACGGGGACUCCCAGCUCUUCGAUAAGGUGCGAGGCUCCGACAUCAAACUGCUGCGCUACCUCUCCGUGCGCUACAUCUGUGACCUGAUGGUGGAGAACAAGAAGGUCAAGUUUGGCCUCAAUGUGACCUCCUCUGAGAAGGUGGAUAAAGCGCAGCGCUAUGCUGACUUCACUUUGCUCUCCGUGCCUUACCCAGGUUGUGAAUUCUUCAAGGAAUACAAAGACCGGGAUUACACAGCCGAAAAACUGGUGUUCAACUGGAACCAGGACUAUGUGGAUGCUCCUUUGACAAUCCCAGCCUGUUUCACCAAGAAUCUCAACAUUGACUGGAGAGCAUAUCAGUCAUGGGAUUUGGUCGAACAGACUCAAAACUACCUGAAGCUGCUUAUUCAUAUCAUAAACAGUGAUGAUGAGAGUGGGUUGCUGGUGCACUGCAUAUCUGGUUGGGACAGGACGCCCCUCUUCGUAUCGCUCCUGCGUCUCUCCCUCUGGGCGGAUGGUGCUGUACAUGCCAGCCUGGAGCCCAGCGAGAUCCUUUACCUGACCAUUGCCUACGACUGGUUCCUUUUUGGACACAUGCUGCCUGAUCGUCUCUCUAAAGGGGAGGAGAUUUUCUUUUUCUGCUUCAAUUUUUUGAAGCAUAUUGUCUCUGAGAAGUUCUCAGCCAUAAGAAAACAGAGAAGGAAAAACUCUCACUUCAAAGAUGCUGAUUUCACCGUUGACGACCUCUGCCAGCUCAAGUCCAGGGAUCGGGGCAGUGUGACCAGCCUGAGCAGCGACUUCUCCCUCAUCACGGAAGACACGACAGGCGGGGCAGCAACCGCGCCCAUGGCAACCACAGCAGCAGGCUCCAGUCUCACCAACGAGGCCGUCGACCUCUUCUGCACCCCGCCUCAGCUGGGCAGCGGGAGGAAGCCCAUGAUGUCAUCGCCGCAGGCGGUGGUGUGGAACCGCCCCUGCCUGCCUGAGGAGCGGCUACCUCACCCACUCAUGGAGGGCAAGUCCUCCAGCUCCUCCUCCUCCAACCAAUCAGAACAGGGCUUCACGCGCACCGGCAGCAGCCCAUUGGCUGUGCCAGGAAGAAGGUCUAUGGCGGAGUAUGCCCGCUCCGGCUCCUCCCUGUCCACGGACUACGGCAGCUGGCAGAUCGUGUCUGGCUGCGGUAGCAUCCACGACCACGCCCACCCCCUCCAUGCCGAGUCCCCGCUGCCUUUCAGCUUCCAGGACGAGGGACCCAGCGGACGCAUUGAGUAUGUGUCGGAGCGUCAGGCUCGGCUGGAGGCUGUGCGUGAGGUCUUCCUGGCGGCCUACAGUUCCACGGUGGGCUUCAAGUCGGCCGCCCCCUCCCCCUCGGGAGCCAUAUCCGGCCUCCUGGAGCAGUUUGCACGCGGCGUCGGACUCCGCGGCUCCAACUCCAUCGUCUGAGUCUCACGAGAUGGAAGAUGACUGGCCAACUGACCGACUGAUACGGCAGGUCAACUGACAUGAUAUGACAGGCCAACUGACCAGCAGAGCAGAGCAGAGCUGAACCGAGCCUACUCACCCGUCCACGACAGCCCUCCUCCACUCUCUGUGUUGGACACCUCUCUCCCCAAACCUUCCAUCUCCCAUAUCCAUACCCUCCAAACCUCAAUGAUCCACAACCCUCUUCCUCCAUAGAACCCAAUCUCUCCAUUAGCCCAACUGUUAAAACUCUCUGCAAAUCAUCUCCAAAACCCCCCUCCCACUGAUUACCCCCCUCACCCCCAAUCCACAAACCCCUCCUUCUGACACUCUACAACCCUUCACACAGUUGAACCCCACCCCACUGUUGGCUCCCUCUCUGUGUGGAUAGGAUUAUGAAUCAGACACUCAAAACCCUUCCAAUGUGACUGUCCAAUCCCAAGUUGUCCUCUCCCUGUAAGCCCUUCCCUACAUAUACCGGAUGGGCCCUCUGCUAAUCCUUGGUCUCGGUCCCUCAGCAUAGCAACUCAAGCACCUCAAAACUCCCACCAUCCUAACCCAAAACCCCCACCAUCCUAACCCAAACUCUACUCUGAAAGCUCUUUACUUAUCCUGACAAUACAGUCUUCUGAAAGUGGUUGUUGCAGACAACCUCUGCAAUUUAGCCUUCCGGCCCUUUUUGUGUGGUUUUCUCUGCAUCCAAUCAGGUUCCCCCAACACAUCUUAAUUCCUGGUCUUUGCCCCGUCUACUGGACAUGGGAAUGCAAAAGUAGACGAGGUGGAGGGUGAGGGGGGGCUUCGUUGACUGUUAUGAAAGGGGAGCAUUGAAAUGUGCUGGUGUGUCAUCAACUGUCGGAGGAUGUACAAGGAAAACAAAGUGCCAAAACUGAAACAGAGGCUGCAUUUCUUUCUUUGAUGCUUUUUUGUUUUAUAUUUUGAUUUUAUUUUUUUAAAGAUUUAUUUCGUUUUAUUGUUUGUUUUAUUUUUAAAUAUGCAGGGGUGCAAUCUUAUUAUUUUCUUUUUGUUUUUUCCACCUGUUUUUUUUUUGUCCUGUAUGAGUUCGUUUCCCCCCUCGGAUGUCGCACAUGACUAGUUUAAGCACAGUGAAGUCAAGGGGGAUGAUGGGGAGUCUGGGUUAUUUGGCCUUAAGCUUUAUCAUGAUGAAUUCAGCAUUCAGACAGUGUCAAAAAGGGAAGCUCUUUUCUUUUGGUCUCGGCACUAAAGACGUGUCCUCUUCUUAAGCAAAGAACAAAAAGAGAACAAAAAAAAGAAAAAUGUGUAGCAUUUAAUAUGAAGAAUAGCGAUAACGCUCUCUUAACCUGAUAACCUUGACACUUUGACACCAUGCGCCUUGCAUGUCUCCAUAAGGAUGCCAGCUGCCGUUCCUCCAGCCGUUUGGUAACACUUUACUUGAUGCCGGUGUCAUAGACAUGUCGUUACAGUGUCAUGACAGUCAUGACAUUAUGUCCGUGUCAUAAACAUUUUAUGACUUGGCCUUAAGUGACAUUCGUGGAUUGUCUUUGCCAUAACCGAAUGUCACUUAAAGGGGUAUGCCACUAUUUUGGGGCUUAAUACAGUUAAAAUCGUUGGCCAGGGUUUAUAUAGGUGGUAAAUAUAUAAGUGUCUUAUUUUUCUUGUUUUAAGACAAGUUAAAAGAGGGAGCAUGUCACUAAGCUAGUGAAAGUCAAUGGAUCCGUGUAGCAUGAAAUAUACCACCUUUACCACCUUUA